AUGUUGGCUUUUCGUCCCCUCAAUGUGAUGGAAAAACACCUUCGUCACCAGAAGGCAUUUAAUUCCGAAUUGAACGAUUCAGAUCAAGAACUGGGUCUCGCAGCUGUUGGUGUGAUGUGGCCAGUUACGUGGCGCAAAGAUGACUUGGUCACGCGAUUUGCAUCCACAAUGGCGUUGCUCAAUUUGGCUUUGACUCGCAGUGCCAAACGUGCCCAUGCUGCCACUCUGGCCAGUGUGGCCGCGAUCUUGGCCAAACUAAGCGCUGAUCAAAUUGCGAAAUUGAUUCCGUCUGGAGAUAAGAAAGCCACCGGUGUACUACUAGAACUCGGGCUUCAUGAUUUCCUCACACAUCUCAAACGGAUUGUGGAAAGUCCUAAGUUGGAAUCACUUCGUGAGCAUGGAUUCGGUUGUGUGGUGGCAAUUAUGCAACACCCAAAAUUCGUCGUUUUAUGUCGUGAUCAGUUGAGUCAAAUUUUGCAAAUACUGUCCAAAGACGGAUCGUCCAGUUUGAGUGAUCGUGCCACCGAACUGCAAAAGAGCCUGUAA